AUGGACAUCGAUUUUAGCCCCAUACCGCAAAUAGAAAAACACGGCGAGUUUCUGGAAAAAGUCGUCGAUUUGAUGUUUAAAAACAUAGUGUUUACUACAAGACAAGAUAAAGUAUUACUCUGGCAAACUCCCGAAGAGUUAGAGGAACAAUUCGAUUUCAGUUUGAAGCAAAAUGGGGAAACUCAUGACAAGUUGAUUACCUUCUUGAGAAAUACAAUCAAGUUCAGCGUUAAGACUGGUCAUCCUUAUUUUAUAAAUCAAUUGUUUUCCGGACUGGACCCGUACGGAUUGGCAGCACAAUGGCUGACGGAUUCACUUAAUGCUAGUGUAUAUACCUACGAGGUAGCUCCUGUAUUUACUCUCAUGGAAAAGCACGUCAUAAAAGAAGUUUCUCGUAUGAUCGGUCCUCAAUGGGGCGAUGGCCUCUUUUGUCCAGGGGGCUCUUUUGCAAACGGAAUAGCAGUGAAUUUGGCCAGAUUCCAUCGUUAUCCGGACGUUAAGGAAAAAGGAACAUUCCAUCUUCCCCGGCUGAUAAUAUUCGCAUCAGAAGAAUGCCAUUAUUCCAUUUACAAAUUUGCAGCAUUUUUGGGAAUUGGCGAGGAAAAUGUUUGUCGAAUUGCUACUGAUGAAAUAGGUAGAAUUUUACCAUCAGAUUUGGAGGCAAAAAUAAAUCAAGUCGUGUUGGAAGGCAAAGCUCCGAUAAUGACCAUAGCGACUUUAGGAACAACAGUCCGCGGUGCCUUCGAUCCGAUAAAUGAAAUAGCCGACAUUUGCAAAAAGUUCAACAUAUGGCUCCACAUCGACGCUGCAUGGGGUGGCGGCCUUAUUUUCUCGCAAAAACACAGGGCAAAACUCAACGGUAUAGAACGAGCUAAUUCUUUGGUUGUAAAUCCUCAUAAACUUUUAGCUGUUCCACAACAAUGCUCUUUGCUGCUUGUACGAGAUACGGAUAUUUUAUAUCAGUGUUUUUCAAGAGGAGCUGAGUAUCUGUUUCAGAAAGACAAGCAUUAUGACAGAAGUUUUGACUUAGGUGAUAAAUAUCUGCAGUGUGGAAGAAAAUGUGAUGUUUUCAAGUUUUGGUUUAUGUGGAAGGCAAAAGGUUCGUCUGGUUUUGCGAAUCAUAUUGAUACGCUUAUGGAUAUCGCUGAAUAUUUCGAGGAGCAAGUGAAUAACCGAUCGGAGUUCCUUUUGGUUUCCAAGAGGCAGUACAUGAAUGUUUGCUUUUGGUAUUUGCCGAGAUACUUGAGAGGGAAAUCGAAUAUUUUUGAAAACAUCGCUCAACUACAGAAGGUGGCGCCACAAAUACGAGCUUUAAUGAUUCAACAUGGAUCUGUAAUGCUUGGCUACCAACCACUCAAAGGACUUCCUAACUUCUUCAGAUUUGUAUCACAGAAUUCUGCUUUAACAAGGAAAGAUGUAGAUUUUAUUUUAGAUCACAUUCAAGAGAUUGGUGACGCCAUCUUUAAAUAG